UCAAUAGAUUGAUAUUGCCGAAAUAUUCAUGGGCGUUUUUCUAUAAAAAAUACAACAACUCAACUUUUGAACCCACGCAAUAAAAAAUAAAGUAAAUAACUUCAAAUAAGAUUUCAAUUUAUUAUUUAAAAACUGCAUGAAGAUUUUGAUUUUAUUUAUAAUUCUAAAAGUGAAUAAAAAAGAUUCAUAAUUAUUUUAAAAAUGUACGCAUUUAAGCCGCAUGUGUUUACUGAACAUUCACCGAAUAGUAUUGCGAAACCUGAGGGAAGAAUAAUAUCAAGAAUACGGUGUGAUGAUAAAAAUUUAUAUAUUUACAAUGGAAUUGAUGUAACUUAUAGUAGAAGAAUCAAUUUUCGUGAUCUCUGGGUGUACAAUUUGGCCGGGCAGCAGUGGAGAUUAAUGGAAAACGAGCAUUUUUUACCAGGUACACAUGAGUUAAUUAUCGGUACCAUUUAUGAAUCAAAUUAUUUGGUUAUCUGCACAAUACGAGGACCGUGCCAUGACGACCGGGUAAUUCAGAAAUGUCGAUUACACAUUUGCGAUUUAAAUACCGAAAGUGUAGUUGUUCAAAAGACAAGUGGACAAUUUCCAGAUUCUUUAUAUCCACUUAAUAUAAUACGACAUGGAAAAUAUUAUUAUACUGUCGGAAUCACAAGAAAUGAUGAAGGCUUUUCCGAUGUGUAUAAAUUAAAUACGGAAAAUAAUGUAUGGGAAAUAGUUUAUAUCUGUCGAAAAGAUGAUGUCUAUGAACCAGAUGGUAGAUCAAGUCAUACUUUAGUUUAUAGUAACAACAUGAUUUAUAUAUUUGGUGGAGGUGGUGAUGAUCCCGUAUUUGAAGCAUAUUGUUUGACAGAAAUAUCGGCGUUUGAUUUGGAAAAAUGCUGCUGGAAAACAAUAGACACUCAUGGUGAUGAAAAUCACACACCGCAAUAUCCACCUGAUAGAGAACAAUUCAGUGUAACGAGUUAUACUGAUCCAGAUUCUGGUGAAAUGAACGUAAUAAUAUCUGGGGGAGCAGGUUAUGAUUAUGAAUGUUAUUCUAACGAUUAUGGUGAGGAAGAAUACGAUAGAAGUAACAUGGUUCCGUUCAAUGAUGUCUGGAGAUUGAAUCUCACAAGUUUAAAAUGGACGUGUCUCGAGAGAUUUGGUACUGUCUUACCUCGUCACGCUGAGGAUCAUUCAAUGACCGUUUCUCCUGCUGGAAAAUUAUUCACGUUCGGUGGAAGUAUUUUUAAUAAAAUGACAGAAGGAGGACUUAGUUCUACUUUACACUCAACUUGGCUCAGGAUUCCCAAACUCACGGACAUUUGUUGGGAAGCUGUUUUCCAUUACUAUCCAAACUUGACAUCAAUGACUGACAAAGAAAUUACUGCCCUCGGUAUUCCACCGAAAUUACUCAAGUCUCGUAUCAACUAAUAAAGUAUCUAUAAAUAAAUACUAUGUAUCCAUUUAAAUAUUUAUGACACACUAACUUGAAAUUGUAAUGGUCAUAAAUUUAUUUGGAAUAACAUUGAUUACUCUCCAGUCCAUCAAUUGCUGAUCAACCCUAGUAGCUAUCUUAGUCAUGAUCUUGGAACCAUAGUAUCCCUGAUUAAACAACUGAAUUCGAUCGAAUAAAACAGAAUGAAAUUUUUAAUUCUAUUUAAUUCAGAUAAAUUCUGUCUAAUUCGGCAGGAAAACCCGAAUUUGUCCAAAUCAAAACGAAUUUAAAUAAUUCUAUUCGGUUUAAUUCUGAUUAAUUCGAAAAUAAUUCUCCAAUUUCUGGUUCUGAAUCCGAAUUAAAGUGAAUUAAUACGAAUUUGAAAUUUUUAAAUCGGUUUUAUUCUGUUUAAUUCAAAUUCAAAUUUUCAAUUCAGUUGAAUUCUGUUUUGCGGAACUCGACAGAAUAUAACAGAAUUAAAAUUUUUAAUUCAGUCGAAUUCAGUUGUUUAAUCAGGGAUAUAUAGAUAUAAUAUUUCGCUGUGUUCUCCUUGACUUGCUCAAAAUUUGAUCCAGAAUCAAUCAAUAUUGCCACAAGGGAAUUGUUUCAGAGUAAAGUGCGACUUUUUUUUAUAUUCAAAAAUUUUUUCUAUUAAUUCUUAAGAUAAUUAAUCCAAUAGUUUAAUCAUUUUUUAAGUUUACUAUUAUUUUUUUACAAUAAAAAAUGUCACUAAAAAAUUUUCUGUCAUUGUUUU